GACGGUUUUUAGCGUCACGCUCUUAAAAGGCUCCAGUUUCAUUGCUUUGCUUACAGUCUCUUUCCCCUUCAUUUACUGGCACGCAUUCGACAAAAAUGCGUUUCUCGUCCGUCGUUAAGGCUGCCUCAGCCGUUGCAUUCGCAACCCUAGUCGCUGCUGAGGGCGACUCAGAUGUUCUUAGCCUCACCGCCAGCACCUUUGAGUCAACAGUCAACCCAGAGUCCUUGAUUCUUGUCGAGUUCUUUGCCCCUUGGUGUGGACACUGCAAAGCUCUUGCUCCUCAUUACGAAGAGGCUGCUACCACUCUCAAGGAGAAAAACAUCAAACUUGCCAAGGUGGACUGUGUGGAACAAGCUGAUUUAUGUCAGUCGCAUGGUGUUCAGGGCUACCCCACUCUCAAGGUUUUCCACGAUGGCGAACCUUCCGAUUACACUGGCCCAAGGAAAGCAGACGGCAUCAUCAGCUACAUGAUCAAACAAUCUCUACCUGCCGUAUCUGAGGUCACUGUCGCAAAUCUCGAAGAAUUCCAAAAGGCUGACAAGAUUGUCGUGCUUGCUUACCUGCCCACCCCUACCAGCUCGCCUGCACCUGAAUUCAGCGCAGCAGCCAACAAACACCGAGACUCAUACCUCUUCGGUCUGACCUCGGACCCUGAGGCUAUCGCUGCCGCUGGCGUUACUCCUCCCGCCAUUGUCGUUUACCGUGCCUUCGACGAUCCCUCUGUUGAAUACCCUUACCCCGUUCCUUCAGCUACGGUGAAGGACAUUGAGGAAUGGGUUCAAGAUCUUUCCAUCCCUAUCAUUGACGAGGUUAACGGAGAGAACUUCUCUAUUUAUGCUCAAAGCGGAAAGCCUUUGGCUUAUCUCUUCUUGGACCCCACUGAGGAGAAACGCGACGAUUACAUUGAAUCCAUCAGGCCAAUUGCCACCAAAUUCAAAGGCAAGGUUAAUUUCGUCUGGAUAGACGCUAUCAAAUUCGGUGACCAUGCCAAGUCCUUGAACCUGGCUGAGGCCAAAUGGCCCAGCUUCGUUGUUCAAGACCUGGAACACCAGUUGAAAUAUCCCUACGACCAGUCCUUGACCGUCGAACCCGAAGCUGUGUCCGAAUUGGUGGAGCAGUUCCUGGCCGGAAAGUUGGAGCCCCAAUUGAAGAGCCAAGCCAUCCCUGAAACCCAGGACGAGAGUGUUUACACCGUUGUUGGAAAGAACUUCGAUGAAGUUGUAUACGAUGAUUCGAAGGAUGUUUUCCUUGAACUUUACGCGACUUGGUGUGGCCACUGCAAACGCUUGAAACCCACUUGGGAUUCCCUUGGCGAUCACUUUGCUGGAGUCAAAGAUCGCCUUGUCAUUGCCAAGAUCGAUGCACCAGAGAACGACUUGCCUCCUUCAGUCCCCUUCAGAGUCUCUAGCUUCCCUACCCUGAAGUUCAAGCCUGCUGGAUCUCGUGAAUUCCUUGACUACAAUGGUGACCGCUCGUUGGAGAGCCUCAUUGCAUACGUUGAAGAGAGUGCCAAGAACAGCCUCGAACCCAAGGUUGUUGUGGAGGGCGAGAACGAUACCCAAGUUGUAUUCGAGGCGCACGAUGAGUUGUGAUGAGAUAACAUUAUUGGAUAUUGGCAACGCUAAAAUGAUUGCUAUUGGAAUGUCUACGUUACUUAGCCGCGCUGUUUCUUGUAGUAAAUCAAUUAAUGCUAUGUAUACGUACGAUCGACUCUUGGACUCUUGGGCACUGAAUCCUCCAUGAGAAUGGGGAAUUUUGACAUAUUGCAUGGUCCUCGAUAUCAACAACCUCCUCGAUAAGUCGACAUCAUCUGUAUGUAUAACGCGAUGCGAUGAAUUCUAAAACUCUCGUGUCACUUCAAAAAAGAAUUGAUAACUACUAAUAAGACAAUCCAUCCUAAAUGAGAAAAUCCCUGACAAUAAUCUGCAUGAUAUCAAAGUUUAACUUCUUUCAAACCAUCCUUCCAAAAGGUGAAAUAGGGAGUGACACCAUCCUCCCUGUAGUUGAGUAGAGCAACCAUACCAUCGGGGUUCAUGUUCUCGCCGGUGUAAAACUCAAAAUCUUUGAAGUUUCCAACAACUUUCUUGGCAUAGGCACCUGCUCCUUUCUCGAAGGCCUCAACCCGGUCUGCGGGAAGUUUGCCUUUCACAGCUUUCAUAUAUCCCUUAAGGUAGGUAAGGUAGCUUUUUUUGUCAAAUGAGGUCGGCUGGAGCCUGAAGGAGUGGGCGACGUUGUUAACUUUCUCUUCACCCGCUUCGAGGGCCUCUUCCUGUUCUUCAGCAGAAGGGUUGGCGCCGAUAUCCACAUCUCCUUCCUUGACUGUAAUCAUAGCACAAUUGACUUCAUAAACAAUGUCAUCAAUGAGUUUGAGAGGAAAGGCAUCGGAGAACAUCUCGUCCCCUGUGAGCAAGUCUUCAUACAACAACAUUUUUAAAGUAUGCAACAAGAAAAGAUGGGAAGGAAAUAAGAAUCAGCUGUACACGGCAGAGGUCAAGGAUCUGAAGGAAAGAGGAAACCUGGG